CAAAGUUGCAGCCCGCUCAGCCGGGACGGCUGGUGUCCCAGCGGGGACGAUGCCGGGGCGCACGGUGCUCCCCAGCCCCCCCGAGGCUCUGCCGGGCAGAGCGGAGCGGCUGCCAGUGUCAGGCACGCAUGCUGUCAAUGGGAACCCCACGGUCCCGCCAUUCCCCGCCGAGAUGCAGGUGGCGAUUUUCGGCAUGGGGUGCUUCUGGGGAGUGGAGCAGCUCUUCUGGAAGAUGCCGGGGGUCUUCUCCACCCAGGUGGGCUACGCAGGAGGCUUCACCCCCAACCCCACCUACGAAGAGGUCCGCUCAGGGCUGACAGGGCACGCGGAGGUGGUGAGGGUGGUCUUCGACCCCCGGGAGCUCCGCUACGAGGACCUGCUCAGAGCCUUCUGGGAGAACCACGACCCCACGCAAGGCAUGAGGCAGCAGCAGGACGUGGGCACCCAGUACCGCUCCGUCAUCUACACCCUGGGCGCCGAGCAGGGCGAAGCCGCCCGCCGGAGCAGGGCAGCGUACCAGGAGGAGCUGAGCAAGCGGCGCCUGGGAGCCAUCACCACCGCCGUGGAGCCGGCCGGCGACUUCUUCUACGCCGAGGACCGCCACCAGCAGUACCUGCACAAGGUGCCCGGCGGCUACUGCGGCCUCCAGGGCACCGGCGUCGCCUGCCCCGUCGCCCCCUGAGCCGUCGGCCCCGGCUCCUCCUUGCCUUCCUCUUCCUCGCUCCCUCUCUCCCGGGGAGGGAGGAAGGUUCCUGCGCCAGCCCGAGGGCAGCGCCACGGCCUGGGGACAUCUCCGUGUCACUGGGGAGGGUGGCGCUGGCUUGUCCCCACUGCUGUGCUGCUCUGCAUCACCCCAGCUGGAUUAAAGCUCUGUCCCCCCCCA